AUGAACGCAUGUGUAGCCGCCUAUGCCCGAGUAACAGGAGUAGUAGUAGAUCAGGUUACAAUGGAUGAUUCAACAUUGUGCGCAGAAGCGCAAGACGUAGCCGCAAGUGUUUCCCUGAAGUGUGCACUAAUAUUCAACGUGUUGUGCGGACUAAUUGCGAUUCCAUUCAUGGCAAUGGUAAUGAAAGCGACAUAUUCGCAUAAGUUGGUGCAUUACAACGUCAAAUGGAUCCUAAUUUUCCAUUUAUUUUGUUUGAUUGUGCACGAUGCAUUUAGGAUUGUGAACCAUGUUUGGGAUUUGACGAUUUUUCUGAGUGAGUCUCCGAAUGGCUGCUAUCUUUUCGAUAGAACACGAUGUUUAUUAAUUCGAAUCCCAAUCAAUGCGACCAUGUAUCUUUCGUUCACAUGUACUUUUAUGUUAUCGAUCGAAAGAUGCGUUGCUACGUGGCGGCUAAGUUCUUAUGGAAAAAACAGGGUUGUAGGACCACUGUUAAUCUUUAUACAGAUGGCCGCCGCCACUCUAUUUAUGUACAUCGUUAUCAAGGAUACAUCGAAUACACCGUUGAUGACGUACUGUCUUCUCACAAGCUUAUCUCCUCCAAUUCUAAUCCUAGGACCCAUUUCAAUGAUUUUACUUCUACAAGUUAUCGCUAUCGUUACAUUUGAAGUGCUUAUGAAAAUUAAUAAGAACAUGAACAAUUCGCUUCUAUGCAAUCGUAAUGCACAUUUUAAUGAUGGAGUCAUUUCGAAGCUGUAUCAGGUCCGAGAAAAUCUAAGGACCACAAAAACUUUGAUGCUAUUCUUUCUGCUCAGUUGUGUCAAUAGUUUCGCGUAUAAUUCUCUUCGUGGCUUUGUUCAUUUGAAUAAAGCGAAUUUCUCACGUCCAUUAUUCUUCCUGCUUAUAGAAAUCAGCAUUCAUUUGCCACAAUAUUCACUUCUGUUGCCAGCUGUUUUAUGGUACAGCUACAGGAAGGUUUCACGUCAGCUUACCUCGUUUAUCAUCGCAACAUUUGUCACUCUUCAUCCAUCAGAAUAUUCCGGAACGAUUGAGAACUUAAAUAUAGUCGGGUCAAAACAACAUGAUUCACUGUGCAUUUGCGUACGCGCUCGAAACGGGGCGGGAAAGGCGGCGGAACCGAAGUGGGACUAUCGCAAACUGCAGGGAUGUGUGAUGGCGGCACCAAGGAUUCCAGACCGAAAGAUCAGUGCUGCCUUGUUGUGCCAAGUCCUUCUAUUACCGAUAUCACAAGCAAAAUCGUCUCCAAAGCCGCUUACAGCGGGGGAUGUGUCGCAGUUUUGCGACAGCGUAGCAGGACCUGGAGUAAAUCGGACGAUAUCCACAAAGGGACGUCAAGCACGACAGAGGAAUGUCAUUAAGAGGAAGAUGGUUGCACUGAAGAAGAACAUCAACGUUUUCGCAUCUUAG